AUUCGACUCGAAGAUCUGUUAAACCCUGAUGAUGACGAUCGUACUGAAUUUUUUGACAAUGUGAAUAUUUUGAUAAAUGAUGCGAAUUCAAGGAACGAACUGAUUUGUGAAAAUACUCGUCAAGUACUAACUGAUACUCUAGAAUUGUCUAAAGGUAAUAGUGAUUAA